CCAUUUGGUCUUCGUCUAGCGGCCCUCAAUCCCCACCGCGCGGCGCGGCCUGAAUCCCUAGCCCCCGCCCCCGCCCCCGCCGCGCCGUAGCCUAGCUCGACUGACGAGAAGCCCCGCCGUGCGCCUCCGCCCCCGCUGCCGAGAAGCCUCUCACGCGCGGAGCCGUUCCUGUUGGCGUGCCUGCUGCCCCAACCCCGUCCGCAGUUUCGGGGGAUUCGUUUCUCAGGGGGCAGGGGUGGGGAAGGUUUCAAGGGCUGCCAAAUCUUGGAAAUACUACAUGUUUCUUCAAUGCAGUGCUGCAGAGCCUCCAAGGGCUUGUCAGGUUUCGCAGCAUGAUGGUAGGACCAGAUGUUCCAUCAGGACUGGAGCCAUUGCUAUGUCACUCAAGAAGCUGUUCCAAUUCUACUAUAAGAAUUCCACUGUUUCUAGUACAGAACAGUUUUAGGUGCCUAGAUCUAAAGAUAAUGACAUCACCACUUAUCGGUUAGCAGUUGUUGUUGAGCACCUGGGAACCAUGGCAGGACGGCAUUAUGUUGCAUAUGUAAGAUCUGGCAAGAUAGGGGGUCAGCAGCAGUAGAACCGGGCCACCAAGUCUUGGUUUUAUCUUUUAUGCAAGCGACACACAAGUCAGAGAAGCCUCUCUAGAGUAAGUUCUCAACUAUGGGAGGCUUGCAUUCUUUUUUACCAAAGGAUGGUGGAUUACGAAUUAUGUCAACUUUUGUUUUAAUCAGAUUUGGGGUUUAGGGUUUUUGCUAGAUCACAGUUCAAAAUAAUUUCAACACUGGAAUAGAAGGGGCCUUUUUUGUAUGUGUUGUAGGCACACAUAGCAAUGGUUUCAGUGCGGAGGUUAUUUACGGUGGAUUUUUCAUGGGGAUUGGAAGUAGCAGAUCCUACGUUGAUGGAAACCAAAUGAUACUUGCAGAAUUUAAGGAGUGAACCUGAAUGUGAAGCGGGAUAUAAAUUCUCUCUUCAUACUAUUAAUUGGAUACCGGAACUACAGAAAGCAAAUAGUAAAGGCAGGGAUAUCAUUGACUGUUAGUGUCACCAUUUUUUAGGGGGUGAACAUGAUUACAGAGCAAGUACUACUGCUGAAGCAUAUUAGGAUUCUUCGUGAUAUUUAUGGGCAACUAUAGGCCUCUAAACAUGCCAAUUGCUCCGAUGUUUUGCAUAAUUGGAAUUUUGCUGAAAGGGGAAAUUUCCUCUAAUGUUAUCCGAUAAACAUAUAGUUUGGAUAAAUAUUUCAGUGUUGUAGUCAAAGAAGACAUGAAACUUUUAACAGUUUUAUUUCCUGAUGGACACGAAGGGUGUACUUUUACUCUGAAGGUUGGUUUCAAAUCUUCUACAAUUCUUGGCAUAGUGAUCUUUGUGUUCCCAUUGGGACGAUUGACAUUUCUUAGUAUUGUUCUUCAGGAUCAGUAAAUAGCGGGGCAACAGGGGUGGCUGUGGGACUGGAGCAGUGGAACGUGGCAACUCUGGUUGUGAUUGAGAGGGGCAAUUGUUGGAUUAAUAUUCAAUACGACUACCAUACCUGUGUGGCGCUCUCUAGGGAUUUAAUGGUGCGAUCUUUUUCCAAGCAGGAAGAAACUACGGAGGAACUCAAUAAGUGGAGAAGUGCAUUAGAGAGUGCUUUAGCGCAGGCAUCAAGUGUAGCGCGUACAGCGGGGCAAAAUCCAAUAUUCAACACUGAUGCAACAGAACCUUCUGAAGCUUCAACUGAACAUUUUCUUAUGGCAGGAGAAUGACAGACAGUAUGGUUGAAAUGGCAAGGUCUGGACAGAGGUUUCUUACUGUGUAUUAUGAUCAUGGGCCCAAUGUGGUGGGGAAUGACAUGGACGAUGUCGUGAUAUAUCCCACUGCCGAGCUGCCUCCUGUCAUCAGUCCUCAAAAGCCAAGGAAUCAUAUGCACUCAAGUCCUGAAGAGAAGCCAGAAAGGCAGAUUGAUGAGGCAGAAAGUCAGCUUGAUGAUUCUGAUAGUAAUGAGAAGGUUGGCAAUGAGAAAGAUUCAGAUGAUCCGGAUUAUGAUGCCAUAGUUGACAGUGACUAUGGUCUUGAAGAUGGAGAUAUUUGUGAUGAUGACUUUGACGAUUUUGCUGAUAAGAAGGGGAAGACAAAGUUAGCUGAAGAAGAACAAUCUGAUGAAGGAGAGCUCAAGUACCCAGAAUCAGAUGAUGAUGGACAGAUCAAGUUUAAUUUCAAAAUUUUCAGAGAAUAGGAUAUGAGUAGUCCAGUGUUCACUGUUGGACAAAAUUUUCCCAUUGUUGAUGUGUUGAGGACUUCUAUCAAGGAGUAUUCUUGCAAGGAGAGAGUAAACAUUAUGUUGAACCGGUAUGGGCCCUAGCCCAUCAAGAUCUGUCUCUUGGGCCCAAGCCCAUGAGAGGUGCUGACCUAGAAGAGGAGCCCCUCUUCCCUUCUCCCGUGUGAGCCGUCACAUCUGAGACACACACUCACGCAGGAAACAAGACAUGAAGCGAGGCUGCUGUCUGAAGGUACCCAUCUCCCGACUCGACAUGGUAUCGAGCCAGGCGACGACGGUGACGGCGUAGUCCCUCGCCGGAGAGGCGGCGGUGGGGCCCAGCGGGGUCAGGCGAGAAAGGAGGCUGCGUGCGUGCGCGAGGUGGCAGGUCUGCUGUGGUGCGUGCGGCGGCGGCGCGGCUGGGCUCGAGGAGCUGCGAUGCGGCCUGGAAGGUGCUGCUUCCUCUUGUCCUGCUUUGCGUCCCUGGGGUGGCUAGCUGCAAAGGGGGCGGCCGAGGAGGGCUGCUGCGGGCUGUGCAGGCGGCUGCGGCAAGAAGAGGAGGAGGAAGAAGGCAGCGGCGGAUUUGGGCUGUGUGCGAGUCAGGCUGCGGCGGGGAGCUGCUGCUGUUGGUGCUGCUGAACAGAAGAGGAACUGCAGCUGCUGCUGAACAGAAGAGGAACUGCAGCUGCUGCUGCUGCCUUGUGUUGUUCCUGGAAGCUUGCUGAGCUGCUGGUGCUUGUGCGGCUGGUUCUUGGUGCUGCGGCAGAGGAAGAAAGAAGUGCAGCCUGCUGGACUGCUCGUUCUGGAACAGGAAGAGGCUGGGCUGGACCGCUUGUGUGCUUUACAGAGAUUUUUUUUCUCUGUGGACUUGCUGUUGUGAGCUUGGUGUUGUGGUGGUGGUGGUGCUGCUGCUUGGGAAAGAAGACUCUCUGAGGCUGAGUUUUGCUCUUGCUGCUUAUCCUGUCAAACGAUGGCUGAACCAACUGGUCUUGCCGAGGCUUUGGAGAAGCUCGCUAAGAUCCUCGCGGAGUCCAACUCUGGGGCCAUCGUUCCUCGACAGGAAGUGGCUCAAAAGCUUGAAAUGUCGCCCCUGGACAUGAAGCUAGAGGGGGCAACAAAUUAUUUGAGCUGGUCCAGGAGGGCUUUGUGGGCUGUGGAGCAGAAGGAGCUUGAUGGAUAUUUGUUGGGCACCGUUGUAGAACCAGGGGACAAGCGUAGUGCAGAGGGCAAGAGGUGGAAGGUCAUCCACUCUGUACUUAUGGUGUGGUUGUUGAACUCUGUGAUGCCCUCCAUUGGACGCUCUGUGGAGGGGCUAUCCUCACCUGCUGAGAUAUGGAAGAUUCUGUCCACUCAAUACUCUGGCAAGGGCAAUGUCAUGCUCAUUGCUCAGAUUGAGGACAAGAUUAGGUUGCUGCGCCAAGAUGAUGGCAUGUCAGUGAUGACAUACGUGGCAGAACUGCAGGCUCUAUGGGCUGACCAGGAUAACUGUGAUCCCCUGGAACUCUAUGACGCGGCUUCAAUCGAGUCAGGGCAUAAGUGGAUGGCACGCAGGCGUGUGCUGAAAUUUUUGGCUGGCCUCAAAGGUUGCUUUGAUGGCAGGAAGGCUUCCUUGUUGCACCAACCUAGUCUGCCUACCAUUCCCGAGGCUAUUGCAGCGAUGACUCAAGAGGAGGUGCGCCUAUCCCUUGAGCAUGCAGACGUGAAGGUUGUGCCAGCUUCGACAUUUGCAGUCACUGAGCGCAUGGAGUGGGGAGAUCCCACCAAAUGUCAUAUCUGUGGGGAGGUAGGUCACUGGAAGAGAGAAUGUCCAACUCGUGGCAGAGGCAGGGGAUAUAACAGAGGGGGAACAGGCAGAGGUAGAAGUGCUAGAGGCAGAGGUGGAUACUCAGAGACCUCAUGGGGCCAGGCUUCUAGAGGCAGAGGUGGCUACUCAGGACACUCAGGGGGUCAGAGGGCUCACAUGGCCGUUGCAGGAGACACUGGGAGGUCCAAAGGCAAAGAUGUAGAUGAUGUUGUCUAUGGAGACUUUGCUCACUGGGCCUCCACUGAUGAAGGUAAUCCGGAAAGAGCAUCUCUUGCUACUAAUGAGAGUGCUCCAGAGUGGGUUCUUGACUCUGGAGCAUCUAAGCAUGUUGCUAGUAACUCCUGUGUGUUCGAGUCUUACACUAAGCAUCCUCCCUCUCACACGAGCACUAUACAAACGGCUGAUGGCACAAAACAACCAGUCAUAGGGGUUGGUACAGUCAAGUGUACUCCGACCAUUUCCCUAUCGUCAGUUUUACAUGUGCCAGCCUUUCCUGUCAAUUUGGUCUCUUUCAGUGCACUCAUUGAUCAAAUGGACUGUCGUGUGAUCCUUGACAAGUUUGGUUGCUUGAUUCAGGUGUGACAGACGAGCCAGACGG